GAAUGUUCCUUUUGGCAAACGUGAUUUGCAGCCGAGUCUCACAACGGAGAGAGGUUGAGAGGGAAAUGACGUCACUCGACUAACAACACCGCCAUUUUUCACUGUACAUGGCGCAGGACGUUGCUUUUGGAGUUCGAAUCAUGGAAGACCAAGAAGCUAUACUGGAUGCACUAACUGAAGUGGAGCGCAAGGCAAAUAAGGAGAUUCCUCCUAUAUUGGACCAGUACUUGCUGCAAGUAGCCAAGACUGGAGAAACACUAUUUCCAUGGCCACGACUAAAGCCGUUGUUUGUUAAAAAGUUGGAUUCAGUAAUGCAGCAGUUUAAUGAAGAGUAUCCAGCUGACCAUUUGCUUAUGUCUCCAAAUGUAAAAAAUGUUAAAUUUGAAGAAAUGAGAAAUCGGAUCAUUAAUGCUGUCAACAGAUUUCAUGGUGCCCCUUUUACAAUUCAAAGACUAUGUGAGCUCAUAACUGAACCAACCAGACACUAUAAAAGGAGUGAUAAAUUUCUGAGAGGCAUUGAGAAGAACAUCAUGGUUGUUAGCACUGUGGAUCCAUACGGAAGAAAAGUUGUUUGUGAGUCACGGAAUAUUGUUAAUGGGAUUGAUAUUAAUGGACAUACUGCAUCAAUACGUACCCCACCACACACUCCUCCACCAUUGCCUGUUCCUUCACCGCCUCUUUGGCAAGCAACUUCCAUUGAUUCUGCUACCAUCUGGCCAUCUUCUAAGUCUGAUUCUGAUAAACCAGACAGUCCGACAUACGAUGAAAACUGUGAUGAACGAAAUGUGUCGCUUAGUAGUAGGACAUUACCUUCACCACCGCUACCAGGAACAGUCCAUUCUACAGAUUUAGGUAACAACAAUGUAGAAAUUAAUAACUCUUCAAUUGCAGAAGAUAAGUGUGAUAAAGAGGAUUCUUCAUCUUCUUUUGACUCCAUAUCUGAUGACCGAGACUCUGUUCAAUCUUCUACUAGUAGCAGUGGGGAAGAGUCUACUUUAAGUAGUGGUGAUGAUAAUUCUCAACAGUCUCCUACUAGUCAAAAUGGUCAUGAAGAAAGUACUGAACUAUCUACAGCAGACAGCUGUGCCAAUCAUCAGCCAAGGGAACUAACCCAAAAAGACCCACCAGCUACUGAUGUAUUAGCAGAUAUAAUGCAACUGGAGGAAGAAAACAGUAGAAGCAAACUGGAGACUAAAAUGGAAGACAUUCAAACACAACCAGCUUCAUCGGAGAGCAGUUCGAUUUCUAACAGUUUCCAUAUUAUAUCUGAAGAAACUUCGAAAGUUCAGUUCAUUCUUCCAAAAGAUAUGGUAAAGAACUGUGACAGUUCUGAUUCAGUUACAAACAAAUCCAGUUUGACAACAAACACUAGCAGUACUAUUACGAGUUCUAUCACAGCAAGUCAUACAUGUGCAUCAGUACCCACAAAUCAGUUACAGCCAGAGCUGUGCCAAGACUCAAGCACUCCACUGUCAUCAACAUCAUCUUUCUCUUCACAAUCUUUUCCCUCAUCUGCAGAUAUUUCUGAAACCACUGAUGUACCAGUGUCCCACCAUGAACCUACAGUAAAGAUCUGUUCUUCUGCUAAUACCAGCACUUCAGAGGCUGCUACUGUAGCACAAGCAGAGUCUGCUGAUAAUGCCGACUCGGUCGUUACUGAUAUUGCUUGUACAGACAAUUCAGUUUCUUCUUCUGAUGAAAUGACACCAGCUAUAUCAGAAGCUGACAAUACCCAGAUACCUCAACCAGAUGAAGAGAGUAAAAGAUGUGAGGAAGACAAUGACAGUAAUGAAGCAUCUUCAGUCAUGGAAACUAACUGUUGCCAACCUGAUCAAAUGCUGCAAAAGGAGGAUGGAGGAACCAACAGUUCAGCUUCUGAAAGUGCUGACGUUUCUGCUUCCACUACAAGUGUAACAUCUCCCCAAGUUCCAGAAUCUAAUACUCCAGAUGAAGAACCAAUGGAGUUAUAGCUGAAGAAUAUUUGCAAGGAGACUUGGAAUCAUUGUUCCUGUUAUUGCCACCACAAUUGCCCACAUCUAUGCAUCAUUCGUUAUAAGUUAUAAUUUCUUUUAACCAUUGCAACCUCUUAUUGUAUUACUUUUCUGGAAGAGAACAAAUAAGUUUAUUUUAGCUCUGUUUCUCAAACAGAAUUGCUUUUUAUAAUCCUGACAAUUUGAAUUUUGUUUUCCUCCAUGGCUUCCUUUUAUUACUUCUAAUACCUGUUUAAGGUCAAUAUUUCUUAAGGAUUUUUUAAUAUUGUUCUAUGUUGCAGGAGCAGUUAAAUUGAAAUACUCUUUCGUUCUGUUGAUAACUUGAUAUUUUUGUUUUACAAAGUACAGAUAGCUUUAAAAGUUUUUUUCAUAUAUAAAUACCUUAUUGGUAUAAAUAUUGGUUUAUUGAGUAGAAUGUUUUAAAUGGUAAUGGGAGGGUUUAGUACUGAUAUUAAAAGAAUUCAGAAGUGAUGUAAGACAAGUUACAUUUCAAGAUCUUAACCUUUUAAUUACAUUACUAAAUUUGACUUCUUCCCUGGUAAAGUUAUAUUUUAGAUAAAAGAAAUGAAAAUAGUAGGAUUUUAAAUGAUCAAAAAGGGUUGGCUUCAUGUAUCUCAUGGUUGCUUUAUUUCUUUCCUUAAAACUGUUUAUUUUUAUUUAAAAAAAGUUUUUUUUUGUCAUUAUUAUUAUAUUAGUUUCAGUCCUAAUUUUUUUCCCAACUCUUUUAGUGUUUAUGUUCUUUAAAAAUAUAAACUGUAUGAUGUUUGAAUCUAGUCCAACUUUUAAUUUUUUGUGAAGUGCCCUGUUUUUCUCCGCCAAAGAAUUUAUAAUAAAGCAUAACUUGCUUAAUUUCAAAACUAAUUUCUCUUAGUUUAUCCCUGUGUUUAUUCUAUCUUCAAAGACUUUGGAAAUAAUUAUUUUAUCUAAAAGUACUCUUAAUCUUCAUCCUGCCAUUUUACUGUUUUUGUUGUGUUGUUCGUUGUCUUAGAACCAAAGUUGAUUGUAGAAAUGGGCAUGUACUCUUUGAACAAGAACAUUUAUUUUUUGUUCAGUGGUGGCUUAAUAACUGCAUAUCUUUCAGUAGCAUUGUUAUUCUGGGUCAAGUUCUUGUUUUCAAUUGUUUAUAACACUAUCUGGUUGGUUGUCAGCGGGGAAAAACUGUUUUCCUCCAGUCUCAAUAUUUGACCAACUCAGAACAACAUUCUCAAAUAAAGAUUCCAGCAAACCACUUACAAUAUAAUGUUUCUGAUUUUGUUCCUUUAUUUCCUUUUUCCAUUUUUUUCUCUGUGCCUGAUUCAUCUCGGCAUAAAUGUAUAACAGUCUAUGAUAUUUAGCUGAAGAUAAAGCUUUGUUUUGUAUUAUGUCCUAGAGCUUAUAUUUAAUCUUGAAGAGCAAAUAUUUCCUCUCAACCUUUUCACUUAAAAUUAUAAUUUGGAAACCAUAUUAUAAAGGCGUGGUAGCUGGAAAUUCAAAACACUGGAAAAGUGGGUUGAGUACACAUUUCAUCGCAUACAUUGUACUGUUGUUGUCUCGGCAAUUUACUUUACGUUCAUGGCAGAAAUUAUGCUCCCAAUUGAUAAUCUUUUGCAGUAUUCACAAUCCAGGUAGUGGGGUUUCAAUGUUUGUAUGCCUGGCUUAUAAAACCAGGUAAAGUACAUCCAAGGAUAUUGGUCACAUUGGAAUACCUGGUAAAUAUUGGUUUUAUGCAGGGUUUUUUUCUACCUUCAUUGAUACCAAAAAUAUCAUAACACUAGUGUCAGCACAAUUGGCACUUGCAAAAUAUUUGCAUUAAUGUAUUUUAAUGUCAUGAAAUCUAAUGUAAUUUUCAUAUUGUUUGUACUUUUUUUUUUUAAAAUCUUAAACUGAAAAAUGUAAAUACUUAGAUUUUUUUUUAAAUGUGAAAAUAGGUGUUUAUAAUUUGCAUUUUCUUGGUUAGAAAUGACAGAAAUGUAAAUAUCAGGACUUGGAACCUAAAGUUCUCUGAAUUUGUUAAAAAUGUAAACUAAAUGCAAGUAUCUUACUGUAUUUGGGUUGUGCUUGAGCUCUAUAAUAGUUGAAAUGUAGUAGUGAAAGUCAUAUUUUGAAAUAUUUCUCAUUUGUUUUUCAUUACUCUACAAUUAGUUCAUCAGUUUGGAAACUUGGAAACUCCUACUACGUAAAAAUUGUGGAGCCGUAUUUCUAUGGUAAAUAAAAAUAUAAAAUUUACAAGGUAA